AUGGAAAAGUACGAAUUUCCCGAGGACUACGUGAAUCCACGUAAUAUCCCGCGCAUUGCGUACAUACCGGACGUUGCUGCUUACGUCAGCAAUGGCGGUGGCGCUGACACGGUCAUCAGUAACUUACUGAUGGAGUCUUCAAAAUACGAGCACAUGGAAAAGCGCCUUGUGAGCAGCCUUGCCAAUCUUGAUUACAAAAUACCGACUAUUAAGAAAACCCUAAACUCACUGGAGUUUCUGCAGAAGCAGCUAGAGGAGGCAGAGCAACAGGAGGAAGACGGGAAAAGGGCCGGUAUUCGCUCUUAUUACUGUCUUACGGAUUCUGUCUUCGGUGAAGCCAUUGUAAGGCCACAGAAGACUGUUCAUUUGUGGAUGGGUGCCAAAGUGAUGGUUGAGUACACCUUCGAAGAAGCAUCAGCGUUACUUAAGAAGAACCUCAGCAACGCGGAGGUCAAUAUGCGUAAUACCAAAGAGGACCUUGCGUGGCUGCAGGAACAAAUAACCAACCUGCAGAUCAAUAUUUCACGGGUGUACAACUACGACCUGAAGAACAAACGGGCGAAAGAUAACAAGAAGGAAACCUCAGAGAAAUAA